CCUCCUUCUGCAGCUGACCCAGAGGAAGGCAGCCUAUGUCCCACCGCAAGUUCUCUGCUCCCAGGCAUGGCCACCUGGGCUUCCUGCCCCACAAGAGGAGCCGUCGCCACCGAGGGAAGGUGAAGUCCUGGCCUAAGGAUGAUCCCAGCAAACCAGUCCACCUGACAGCUUUCCUGGGCUACAAAGCUGGCAUGACACACACUGUGCGGGAGGUGCACAGGCCUGGGCUCAAGAUCUCCAAGAGGGAGGAGGUGGAGGCUGUGACCAUCAUUGAGACCCCCCCGAUGGUGGUGGUGGGGGUGGUGGGGUACAUAGAGACCCCCAAGGGCUUGAGGAACUUCAAGACUGUUUUUGCUGAGCACAUCAGCGAUGAGUGCCGGCGGCGCUUCUACAGGAACUGGCAUAAGAGCAAGAAGAAGGCCUUCACCAAGUACUGCAAAAAGUGGCAGGAUGAGGCUGGCAAAAGGCAGCUGGAGAAGGACUUUGCAGCCAUGAAGAAGUACUGCAAGGUCAUCCGUGCCAUCAUGCACACACAGAUGAGGCUGCUCCCGCUGCGGCAGAAGAAGGCCCACGUGAUGGAGAUCCAGCUGAACGGUGGCACAGUGGCUGAGAAGGUUGACUGGGUUCGUGAGAGGCUGGAGAAGCAGAUUUCUGUGCACAAUGUCUUCAGCCAGAAUGAGAUGAUUGAUAUCAUUGGUGUCACCAAGGGGCAUGGGAUGAAAGGGGUGACCAGCCGCUGGCACACCAAGAAGCUGCCCAGGAAGACUCACAAAGGGCUGCGCAAGGUUGCCUGCAUCGGGGCCUGGCACCCGUCCCGGGUCGGCUACUCCAUCGCCCGCGCUGGCCAGAAGGGCUACCAGCACCGCACCGAGCUCAACAAGAAGAUUUACCGCAUUGGUCGUGGGAUCCAUGUGGAAGAUGGGAAGGUGGUGAGGAACAAUGCCUCAACCAACUAUGACAUGACAGAGAAGACCAUCACACCUCUGGGUGGCUUUCCUCACUAUGGGGAGGUCAACAAUGACUUCCUGAUGCUGAAGGGCUGCGUGGUGGGCACCAAGAAGCGAGUGCUCACCCUCCGUAAGUCCCUGCUGGUGCACACGAGCCGCCGGUCCCAGGAGGCCAUUGAGCUCAAAUUCAUUGACACCACCUCCAAGUUCGGCCAUGGCCGCUUCCAGACAGCUCAGGAGAAGAGAGCUUUCAUGGGCCCUCAGAAGAAGCACUUGGUGAAAGCAAAGCCAGGGGCACAGGAAGAGCUGUAAGGAUGGGAUUUGCAAGGUUACCUUCCUGGGCACCCUCAAUAAAAGGG